AUGGGGGCUAGCCAGAGUCAGCAGGGAGGAGAAGGCGCACAAUUUCCAAAGGACUUCGCGUUCGGGGUUGCCAGCGCGGCCUGCCAGAUCGAGGGUGGGUACCGGGAAGAUGGCCGCGGCGCGUCGAUUUGGGACACCUUCUGCGGCCUGGACACGCUCGGGAUGCCUGGCUCGGUCUGGACCGAAGAGACCCUGGCCCAGCUGGGGACCGGAGGCCUGUGUCCAGCAAAUUCUGCCAUAGCAGAUCCUGCCCGCGAUUCCCUGGGAGCUACGACCGAAGAUGCCACCUCUUUCCGCUACACGUACAAGUCGGACAUCGAGUUCAUGGCGAAGAGUGGCAUCAAGCACUUCAGAAUGAGCUUGUCGUGGUCACGAAUAAUCCCGACAGGUUUCCUGGCUGACGGCGUGAGUGAGUCGGGCGUGAACUUUUACAAGGAUGUGUUUAAGACAAUGCGCCAACAUGGUAUCACCCCACUGGUCACCUUGUACCACUGGGACUUGCCGCAGGGAUUGCUAAAUGCCCCAGGCCCGAUAGAGCAUUUGAGCAAGCUGAAGUUCCACGACGAGACGCCAGGUUACUACCAGGGCUGGUACAGUGCCACGGCAUCAGCGACCGGUUUGCCAGUUCCACGUGGGGUAAAUGCCGUUGUCGUGAAGGAGUUCACCAACUACGCCGACUUUUGCUUCAAGACCUUUACAGAUGUGAAGGACUGGUCGAGUUUCAAUGAGGCUUGGGUGGCAUCAAAACUGUCGAGUGGUUGGGGGAAGGCCCCCUCAACAGCACCAUAUCUGGACGUGAAUGUUUGGCCUUACGUGGCAGCGCACAACAUGAUCAUCGCGCACGCGCAAGCAGGCAUGGCAAUUAAAGACAAAUACCCGAAGCUCAACUACAGCAUGGUCAACAACUGCGACUAUCCCA